GUGGGUUCCUAGUGUGUUUUUAUGCUUUGGUUGCUGCAGCUUUGCGUUUUCCCGCUGUUUUCAGGAACGUGAGCGGCAGUCUCAGGGAAGAGAAACAGGAUCCCGGCUCCUGAAGCACGAGUGAGAAAGGAUACAGCGUUUAAGCCCGGGGAAUCCACAAUCUGAAUAGGAGACUGCCUUAUUCCGGAAGAGCCUCUUUGGAGCGAUAGCCGGGACAUUUUUCCCACGUGGGAAACGCGUCUGUGCAUCAGAGAGCCCCUUCUGAAGAAGAUGACUGAAGACCGGCCUUUACUUGCGGUGCAGGAGGCCCUGAGGAAGUGCUUCCCGGUGGUGGAGGCGCAGGAGGGCCUGUGGCAGAGCACUCUGCGUGACUGCCAGCCCCUCCUGACCUCCCUCAGCAACCUGGCAGAACAGCUGCAGGCUGCACAGAACCUGCGGUUUGAGGAUGUGCCGGCUCUUCGGGCCUUCCCCGACUUAAAGGAGCGACUGAGGCGCAAGCAGCUGGCAGCUGGUGACAUUGUUCUGGACAAGCUAGCCGAGAAGCUAGCCAUCCUCCUCAAGGUGCGCGACACGGUCAGCAGCCAUGUGGAGCAAGUGUUUCAGACCUAUGAGCAGCAUGCAGACGUGGUUGGCAUCGAUGCUGUCCUGCAGCCUUCAGUUGUGAGUCCCUCUGUGGCUGACAUGUUGGAGUGGUUGCAAGAUAUUGAGAGACAUUAUCGAAAUUCAUAUCCUUUGUAUCUGAAAAGAAAAUCUCUCUUCUCCUCGAUCCAGUGGGGAGACUUGGCAAACAUCCAAGCUUUGCCCAAGGCGUGGGACCGAAUUUCAAAAGAUGAACAGCAAGACCUUGUACAAGGUAUCCUGUUGAAUGUUUCCUUCUUCCUGGAAGAGUAAGGAAACUAUUUGUCUGGAGACCAGGGCCACCACAGUGGAAGACUGGCAUCGCUGCGUUCUGUUCUAAAGAAAUGUCAAGUGUAGGCUUGGUGCCCGAAGCAUUGAGGCCAGCAGGUUCAAACC